GCUCACCACAUGGACUGCUCUCGCGCCACUGCUGAGCAAGCCAUCACCAUUCACUAUUCAAAUCGCGCCGGCCUCACAGUCUGGCCUUACGUCGUGUUGCACGGAUUCUCGCUACACGCACGCUCGUAAUUAGCAAUCAGAAGGAACGCUCGUGAGGAUGCAAACGGCGGCACUACUGCUGCUUUUGGUCUGUGUGCUGCGGCCGUCCGGCGGCCAGCGCAGCAGGGACGAAGCCAGCCGACCCAACCUCAACUGUGACUGCAUGGACUAUUGGAAAUGCGUCAUGGGAGGUGGAGAGCCGUAUAGCUACUGUGGUCUGGCGGAUUCCAGCGUGUGUUGCUUCUUCACGCCAGACUCGAAGCCUUUAACUAGCUUUUUUGCCUCACCUAGUCGUAGCAACAAAAACUCGCCUUCCAACUGCGGCCACAGAGGAACUGACUGGGCAACAAUUGGAGAGGCGCGGCAAGGCGAAUGGCCCUGGCACGUGGCCAUUUUGGAGAAGCCUGACGAUUUGUACGUUUGCGGCGGUUCGUUGCUGGACGAAAGUUGGGUGUUGACAGCAGCCCACUGCGUAGACGACUAUCUUGGAAAAUCUAGCGAGGGAACUCUGAAAGUGCGUCUCGGCGAAUUCGACGUGGCCUCGCUGAAGGAGACGCUGCCCCACCAGGAGAGGGACGUGGCCGCCGUCAUCCUGCACGCCGGCUUCGACAACCGCACGCUGGCCCACGACAUCGCUCUGCUGCGUUUGGCGUCUCCGGCGCAGCACAGGCCGAACGUGGACAUCGUUUGUCUGCCCAGGAGGGACCAGGACAACACGUCUGGUUUCAAAAGAUGCGUCAUAACUGGCUGGGGACGCAAAAACGAAGCAUCUGACCAUUCAUCUCAGUUGAAAGAGGUGCAAGUCCCUCUGUGGGAGCACUCUCAGUGUGAAAAAGCACUGAAGGAAAAGUUUGGACCCGCCUACGCCUUGCCAGACACCGCGAUCUGCGCCGGAUCUGAAGGGCAUGACGCUUGCGACGGUGAUGGCGGAGGGCCAUUGGUGUGCGAGGAUGCGGGCCAGUGGUUCCAGGUCGGAGUCAUUAGUUUUGGAAUCGGAUGUGGGAGGAAAAACACCCCUGGAGUUUACACCAGAGUUUCGAGGUACGAGGGUUGGAUCAUGGACACGAUUCUGGAGCACAAGUCAGAUCCUCUGGUGAAGCGACUUCUCUUCGAGCAGUAAUUACAGACGCGUGCAAUAGUGCUUGUGGAUAAAAAUCUGACUCUAAAGUUGCAUUACUAUCGAUCUUAAGUUAUCAUCAUCGCGUACAAAAGAGCAUAUUUUCCAUCCAUCAAACAUUCAAAGUCUGUUUAAACACUAGUAGACUUAAUAACUCAAAAUGCCAUUACUGAUUUAAGAUUACGUGUUUAGCACUUUAAGUAUAAAGUUUUUAAAUCGAUAAAAUUCUAUACAAAUAUUGGAAAACAUCAUAAAUUGUGAUUUUAAUAUUACAAAAAAUAUUUCUUCAAAUAGCAAUUAUUGGAUUGCUUCUAUUAGAACUGUUUUAAGUUGUUGCAGCUGGAACUUAUCUGAAGUACGUGUUUGUAAGCUGCGUCAUUAAAAUUGGUUUGUGCGAAUUGAAACUCAAAUGUGCACAUAAUUUUAAAAAUAAACAAAUAUGAUACCGAA